AUGGCAGGAGAGGGUGUUGGGUCAAAACGCAGCCCGCUCAGCUCGGGGGUCGGGGCUCUGGGGCUGCGGGGGGCGCGCCGGCCUGUUGACCCUCCCGCGGCGAGGCCCGCAGAGAAUGAAAGCCUGGCUCUCCCCGCGGAGCCCUUGGCGGUGGCCGAAGGUUGGUGCUGCGCCCGCGGGGCAGAGGCCCGGAGUCGGGGGUCUCUAGCCCCCCGCCCGCACUUGAGGCCGGAAGGCUGCUCUGAGGCAGCGUCCGCCUUCCCACUGGUCAGGAGUCUCCAGGGUCUGCGGUCUGGUUGA